CAAAGAACCUUCCUUGGACUGUAAGCCAUGGUCUUGACGGAGGAAAAGUCCUUGGCCGAAGCCUUUGACGCGAUUGGCUUCGGAUUCUUCCAGGUCCGACUGCUCAUCAUUGCAGGCCUCGGCUUCAUGGCCGACUCCAUCGAAGUGGGCGUGGUGACCUUCUUGGAGCAGAAGGCUCUGCAGGAGUGGCCCGAAGUCCAAGGUUGGUCGAAGAACGCCUUGUCCAUGAGCGUUUUUGGCACCAAGCUGCUCGGCAGCUGCUUCUGGGGCAGUCUCUCAGACCACUUGGGUCGGAGGCGGGCCUUCCUCUUAGCGAAUGUUUUCCUGCUGACGACGGGUUGCCUCUCAGCACUUGCUCCAUCGUAUGUGUGGCUCGUUGUGGCACGCGGACUGGUUGGCCUAGCGAUCGGUGGAAUCGUGAUUCCAUUCGAUAACCUGGCAGAGAGCGUGCCGGAGAAGUACUCUGGGAGUGUCUGCUAUGCCAUCGAGUACUUUUGGACGUUGGGGUCCCUCUACAGCAACGGCCUGGCGGCUUUGGUGUUGGAGCCCUUGGGUUGGAGGAUAUACCUCCUUCUCACCGCGCUGCCCAUCCUGUUGGCCUGCUUAGGUUACUUCUUUCUGGAGGAGAGCCCCAUGUGGCUCCUGGACCGUGGCUUCGACGAGGAAGCCCUGGAGGUGCUGCGUCGCAUCGGCGCGGUGAACGGCAAGGACUUGUCGCAGAUGACUCUGGUCUCCUACGCCCGCGAAGUGGAUCCUUCGUGCAAAGAAGUGCUGGCUCCAGAGCUUCGAAGGCCACUCUGGUCAUUGGGCAUCAUUUGGUGCCUGGGGCUCUUCGGAUACUACGGGGCGGCCUUGGCCAAUGGCUUGCUCUUCACCUCCGCGUCGGGCACCGUGGAUUACGGGGAGACGCUCUUUACGAGCUCAGGCGAGAUCGUGGGCAUCACCUGCGCCAUGCUGGCCUCCUGGUACGUCUCCAGCGCAGUCUUGCAGCCCUGGCUGUACCUUGUGAGUUGCUUGGCCUGCCUGGGCAUUCUCGCGGUGCACUCGGCGGGGAGCAAUGUGACGGUGCUGGGGCUGCUGGCCUUUCUGGCGCGCUGCGGCUCCAUGGGUGGAGUGUCGGUCACCUGGGUGCUGACGCCGGCGGCCUUCCCCACGCACAUCCGCUCCACGGCGCACUCGGUGCUCUACCUCGCGGGCUCCGUGGGCGCGCUGCUGGCCACAGCCUGGCCGUCGAGCACCUCGCUGGUGGUGAUGAUGGCCGCCUACGCCGGGGCCAACCUGAUUUGCACCGCCGUGGCGCAGUGGCAGAUUCAGCGCCUGGCCGAGCGUUCCUUCGACAGCCUCGUUUCAGACCUGCACGCCUCGGAUGUGGAGCGCAGGGCGCGGUCCUCUUUGGGCCGCGAGAGCCGCGCGAGCUACAGCACCUGGGCAGGGCCCAGCAUGAGCCGGCCCAGCCUGCCGGACGAUGUGCCUCUGAGAGUGCUCGCGGUACAGACCGGAUGGAGCAAACUGUGGCAGGAUGGUUGACUUUUCCUG